AUGAAGCAUUCCAAUAAGGAAUUACCUUCUAAUAAAAAAGAGAAGAAGAAGAAACAGGACUACUUUAUUAAUUGUGAGAAUCUAGCUCGAGUUGGUAUUAAGCUAUCAUGUUAUAUUGGACAAAAUAUCCAAAAUAAGGACUCUUGUCUCAAUGAAGCUUCCAGAGCUAAUAGGGGGCGAGAACAAAUAUUUCAGAUUAAUGAUAUUGUGUCCAUAAAUAGUAAUGGGAUAACAACAUUUAACAAAAAGAAAUAUAAUGAAUGUAUAUCUUAUAGCUUUGGUCUAGUUGAUGAGCUAUACGAUAUAUUUUCAGUUACUAAUCCUGAAGUAAAUGACUCUGUGCAGAUAACUCAAGAUGGAGAAUUAACUAGCAAUAUUUCUGAGAAUAUUGCAUACAAUGAAGAUAAAUAUAUAUUAUUAAAGCAGGGUGUAGAUACUGGGAUUAAUGAUCUAAAUAUGAAAAGUCAAGGGGACCAUUCUAACUCUGAAGCUUUUUUGCACCUUUUUUACCCUAGGAGACAUUCACUAUUUUCUUCUAUUACUGGUGGAUCUCUUCUAAAUAAUAUUUUAGAAUACGACUGGCAACAAAAAUUGGUUAAGGAUUUAUUUUAUGAUCUUGCUGAUAAUACUGAAGAUUUACCUGAAAGUGUUUUUACAGAUAAAGGGACAUAUGGCAAAGUGUUAUAUUCAAUAUUACUACUUUCUAAAAAACUUUGUUUAACAGGAUGGUUUGAAUUUAUUACCAUUUGUACACAUUCAUUGGGAGUACUUGCAGAGCCAUUAAAUUGCAUUAUUAAAAAUGAAGAUACUACUUUUUAUGUGUUAGGAGUUUUCUAUCUUGUUAAUAUUAUACUUUUAUCUCUGGAAUCCUUUGCUCAAUUAAUUUUUCAAGGCUACUUUGGAAGUUUAGAAUUUAUAAUAGAUGUAGUUACCAUUGUAGUACUCAUACUGGAUCUAUCUCUUUCAAAAUUUAAUAGCAAGGUAAAUGUUGUAAGUUCUACAAACUUACUUUUUUAUUUGAUAAGACUAACCCGUAUAUUUUUUAUAUAUUCAAAUAAUAAAAGUACUAUGAGAUCCUUUCAGAAACAAAUAACAGAGGUUGUAAGGAUUCAUCUUAGAAAACUUUUUAGAGUAUUGGACCAUGACUUGGAUUCUAAAUUAACCUAUCAACAAUUUCAACUUGCUUGUUCGGCUAUUGGCAUAUCUUUGACUGAGGAGGUCAAAGUUGAUAAGAACAAAACAUUAGAAAGGCAUUUAUUUUCUUCUAAUAAAAAUAGAAGACUUAAUAUAUUUCUAUCUAUAAAUUUUAGAAUCAAAAGCUUGAUUAAAAAAUUUACAUGGGAAAGUUGUGAAAUUUUUAGUAAUUAUUCUGAUUUUGAAAGUAAUACUAGCUGCACAGAUACAACUAGUAUACAAGGUGAAGAUAACAUAUAUGAGGACUCUGAACAAUUUUCUAUGUAUAGAGAUAUAAAAAAUUAUGAUUCAAAUACUAAAAAAAAGUUUGAAGACAUGAAACUUAUUAGAUAUGGAGAUAAUGAUAGAAAUAUUCCUAUGCUAACUCCUACAGGAUUAUAUAAUGACAGUAAUUCGACAAACUUCAUUGAUCAAUAUAUAAAUGAAGAUAGCACUACCUAUAAAUUGGCAUCUGAACUUCGAGAAAAAUUUUCUCAUGCACUUAUUGCUCUGGGAGUUUACGAUCCUAUACAAAAAAGAAUGGAUUAUGAUGAAUUCGAAGCAAUGAUUAUGGCUGCAGAUAUAAAUGGAUGUUUAGGAGAAGUAAUGGUCCCUCCUCAACUUCAACUACAAAACUGUCAAAUCAAAAAUAGAUUGAAAUUUCCUAGAAGACGUUUUGAUGAGUAUAUUUUAUCAACCUCUAUUUUUGUAUGUUUAUUUAUAUUUCUAACUCUUACACUUGCAGUUCCAGAAAAUACUAUUCAGACACAGAAUGAAAAAAGUAAAGUAGCAGAAAUGAAGGCUAUGGGAUAUAGGAUGGUUUUGAUGAUUUUGAUAUAUAUUUCAACUGUAUUAUUGAAUAUGUUUUAUUUAUUUAAUCGAAAUUCGAAAUUUGUUGAUCAUAUCUGUGAUCAAACAAGUAUCUUAGUACGUGAUAUGGAUGCUUUAGCUAACUUGGAUUUCCCGAGAAUAGAUGAAAAUCAAGUCUAUAAUAGGUAUUCUUCUAAGUCACUAUUUAAUGGGAGAUUACCAUUCGAACAUGAGCAUUUACUAAAUUUAUGGUUACUAAGUCAGUCGAUGUAUAGAAUGAGAGAAGGAAUUCUCUCAUUUUCUAAAUAUCUGCCACUACAUGUUGUACGGAUACUAAUGCGAAAAGGUAAGGCAGCGACAUUAGGUAUGUUUCCUAAAAAAGUAACUAUAUUAUUUUCUGAUAUAGCUGGUUUUACAAGAUUAGCUGAAAAUCUAGAGCCAAAACAGCUACUCUUACUACUUACUGACUAUUUUGAUGAAAUGACGAGAAUUAUUGAUGAAUCUAAGGGGACACUUUUAGAAAUAGUUGGUGAUGCAAUAUUAGCUAUAUGGAAUUCACCUGUAAAUAUUGAGAACCAUGCAGCUGUAGCAAUAGAGGCAUCAUUACAUAUGCGACGUAUUCUCAAUGUAAAAUCUGAGCAGUGGAAAUUCCAUAAUUUACCUGAAAUUAAAAUAAGAUGUGGAAUACAUACAGGUGAUGUUCUUGUAGGUAAUGUUGGUGGAGCUCAUAGAAUGAAAUAUGGGGUUUUAGGUGAUGGGGUUAACUUGGCUAGUCGCAUUGAAGCUUUAAGCAAGAGGUAUUCUACUGAUAUUCUAAUAAGUAAUGGGGUAUUCACAUCUUCAUCAUUAAUUAAAAAAAGAUUUAUUAUCUGUCCUUUAGAUAUUGUAAUUACUCAGGGAAAGAGUAGACCUACUGUAGUGUAUAAUGUGGUUGAUACAAGUUUCGAUGCCUUACCAGAGAUGUAUCUUAAAGCUAAACUACAUGCUAAAGCCCUAUCAUACUAUCUAAAAAGAGACUUUAGACAAUCUUUAACUUAUAUAGACAAGAUUAACGAGUUACACCCUCAAAAUCGUGAUCCUACUAUAAGGAUUCUCCAGAGGAAAUGUAUUAAGUUCUUAAACAAUCCUCCUAGUGAGAACUGGUCAGGAGCUGAGAUCUUGACAUCAAAAGUUUUUUAA